AUGGCGCUCUCCAUGCGACAGGAAGGCAUAAAGCAAGUACCAUGGUUUUCUCUUACAGAAUGGCAUCAGGUGUACAACCAAAUUUAUUCCAACAAUAUAGAUGAACUAACUAAAGGAUAUCAAAUGCUGCUUGUAUGGCAAGCAAGGAUACCAAAAUUACCAAUAGGAGUUGAUUGCACUCUUUCAAUCAUACAAGUCUGUCUUAGAGACAAUGAAUGGACUCCCAAGAUUAACAAUGGAGAAUUACCAAUUAGCUAUGAAAAUGAUCUGUGCUUGAUGUAUUCAACUAUAAUAAUGAGACUUCUAAAUCAUAUAUCUAAUAUAGGACAUACCAAGCAAACAUCCUUGUUUCAGAUUGCAAAGAAGCUCAAUAUCCCAGAAUGGAUAGUGAAUUUAAGGCAUGAUAGUGCUCAUGGAUAUGAAUUACCAUCCAUUGGUAUAUUGAGAAUUGCUGCAAACAUAUUAUUAGCUUGGCUACAUGAAGAAUACUGGGUAGCAGAGACCAAGAAAAUGGAGAAAUGUUUACACAUUGAGGAGUCUAUAAAGGAGGCUGAAGAAACUGAAGUACAGGAUUUUGGAGAUUUAAUUGAACUUUGGACUGCCAUCAGUUUAUACAUUCAUGCUGGUUACAAUUUAACAUCCAGUAUUCCAGAUCCUCAAUUGAAGGAGACAUUGCAAGAUUUGCAUUCUUAUGCCACUUCUUUACUAGACAAAAAUAAUGAGUGUGAGGAAAGUGAUAAUAAUAAAUAUAUGGAUGCUGCCAAUGAUGACAUAAAAAAGGAUAAAAAAUAUACAUUGAAAACUGCAAGGAUUGUUCUUUUAUCUGAAAUAUCUAGAUAUCUUAACAAAAAAUCUAUUCCUAAUAAAAAGGAUAUAGUUUGUAAUAUACUUCUCAAUUCUGAAGCUUUUUUACCAAGCAAAGAUAUUUUAUCGAUUUUUACCCAAGAAAAGGGGACUGAGAAUGAAAUAGAAAAAGAUGUCUUGCCAUUAGAUAUGAUCAAGUUUUGGCAAGACAUCGUAUUUUUAUUGUAUGAAAAAGAUUUGAUGGAAGCGUUAAUUAUAAAAUUACUCAAACUAAUAGAUAAUGAAGAAGUAAAUAAAGACAAAAGAUUAUUAGCUUCUUUAUGGAUAAGCUCUAUAUCGUAUAGUUUUCUAAAAUUAGAUGCAGCCCAUCGUAUAUCUCGAGAUUUAGAAUUUCAGUUAGAAAAGGCGAACAAAACUUUAUCGCUGAAUGCUCUUGAACUUAAAAUCAAGGAGAAAACAGACCGUGCUUAUCCGCAUUUGAAAUGUGUUCUGUGGUUUAAUUUAUCAUAUAUAGUGUUACCAUGUUUAACUGACAUAAAAUUCAUUUCAAAACUUAUAUUAAAUGUAAAUGAAUUCUCGGUUAAAUUCAUUGUACCUAUUUUAGAAUUAGUAAGCCCACAAGUGGAUAAAGAAAGCAAACAAAUGCUGUUGAAUUUAAUAAGCUUCUGUACAAUGGGAGAAAUGACUGAUAGCAAAACUUCUCAUAAAUAUGGUAAAAUUUUCACCCUCAAAGACUUACAACAUAGUGAACAUCUAAUAAAUGUGGAUAAUGUACAAGCUAAAACUGAUCACAGAAUACCUCGUUUUUUAACCGAUCAAAAGGUUCGAAAUAACUAUUGGAAACUUGCAAUUGCAACUUAUAACUGGAGUGAAUGCCCUAUUGGUUUACUUCCUUGGCAGUGUGAUACAAUGGAAAUAUUAAAUCCACUUGAUAGUGUAAUACAAAAAACCAACGUUUCGAUACUAGAGUCCGAAAUUAUACCCGGAAUUAUAGAUAGAAAAGACUUAAAAAUGCAAAGUCAAAUUAAAUGGGACAACGUUUUGAGAAAAAAGAAACGCUUAAACAGGAAAUAUGAACGAAGAAACGCGGAUAUUAUAAUGAACAAAGCACUUGAAACUGUUAAGAAACAAAAAUAA